GCUCCCGUCCCGUCCGUCUGUCUGUUAUCGUCUGUCUCUCUUGACAUCACCGCAGCUCCACCCCCUCCCGUCCCAGCCCCCAACGCCAGCUUCCUGCGGGCCCAGAGCCGGCAUGAACUCUCCCAACGAGUCGGCAGAUGGGAUGUCAGGCCGGGAACCAUCCUUGGAAAUCCUGCCUCGGACUUCUCUGCACAGCAUCCCUGUGACAGUGGAGGUGAAGCCGGUGCUGCCAGGAGCCAUGCCCAGCUCCAUGGGGGGUGGGGGUGGAGGCAGCCACAGCCCUGUGGAGCUACGGGGGGCUCUGGUGGGCUCUGUGGACCCCACACUGCGGGAGCAGCAACUGCAGCAGGAGCUCCUGGCGCUCAAGCAGCAGCAGCAGCUGCAGAAGCAGCUCCUGUUCGCUGAGUUCCAGAAACAGCAUGACCACCUGACAAGGCAGCAUGAGGUCCAGCUGCAGAAGCACCUCAAGCAGCAGCAGGAGAUGCUGGCAGCCAAACAGCAGCAGGAGAUGCUGGCAGCCAAGCGGCAGCAGGAGCUGGAGCAGCAGCGGCAGCGGGAGCAGCAGCGGCAGGAAGAGCUGGAAAAGCAGCGGCUGGAGCAACAGCUGCUUAUCCUGCGGAACAAGGAGAAGAGCAAAGAGAGUGCCAUCGCCAGCACCGAGGUAAAGCUGAGGCUCCAGGAAUUCCUCUUGUCGAAGUCAAAGGAGCCCACACCAGGCGGCCUCAACCAUUCCCUCCCACAGCACCCCAAAUGCUGGGGAGCCCACCAUGCUUCUUUGGACCAGAGUUCCCCUCCCCAGAGUGGCCCCCCUGGGACGCCUCCCUCCUACAAACUGCCUUUGCCUGGGCCCUACGACAGUCGAGACGACUUCCCCCUCCGCAAAACAGCCUCUGAACCCAACUUGAAAGUUCGUUCAAGGCUAAAACAGAAGGUGGCAGAGCGGAGAAGCAGUCCCCUCCUGCGUCGCAAGGAUGGGACUGUUAUUAGCACCUUUAAGAAGAGAGCUGUUGAGAUCACAGGUGCUGGGCCUGGGGCGUCGUCCGUGUGUAACAGCGCACCAGGCUCCGGCCCCAGCUCUCCUAACAGCUCCCACAGCACCAUCGCUGAGAAUGGCUUUACUGGCUCAGUCCCCAACAUCCCUACCGAGAUGCUCCCCCAGCACCGAGCCCUCCCUCUGGACAGCUCCCCCAACCAGUUCAGCCUCUACACAUCUCCCUCUCUGCCUAACAUCUCCCUAGGGCUGCAGGCCACAGUCACUGUCACCAACUCGCACCUCACCGCCUCCCCGAAGCUGUCAACGCAGCAGGAGGCCGAGAGGCAGGCCCUCCAGUCCCUGCGGCAGGGUGGCAUGCUGACCGGCAAGUUCAUGAGCACAUCCUCUAUCCCUGGCUGCCUGCUGGGCGUGGCACUGGAGGGCGACGGGAGCCCCCAUGGACAUGCCUCCCUGCUGCAGCACGUGCUACUGCUGGAGCAGGCCCGGCAGCAGAGCACCCUCAUUGCUGUGCCACUCCACGGGCAGUCCCCACUAGUGACGGGUGAACGUGUGGCCACCAGCAUGCGGACAGUGGGCAAGCUCCCACGGCAUCGGCCCCUGAGCCGCACUCAGUCCUCACCGCUGCCGCAGAGUCCCCAGGCCCUGCAGCAGCUGGUCAUGCAACAGCAGCACCAGCAGUUCCUGGAGAAGCAGAAGCAGCAGCAGCUGCAGCUGGGCAAGAUCCUCACCAAAACAGGGGAGCUGCCCAGGCAGCCCACCACCCACCCUGAGGAAACAGAGGAGGAGCUGACGGAGCAGCAGGAGGCCUUGCUGGGGGAGGGAGCCCUGACCAUGCCCCGGGAGGGCUCCACAGAGAGUGAGAGCACACAGGAAGACCUGGAGGAGGAGGAGGAGGAGGAGGAAGAGGAUGGGGAGGAGGAGGAUUGCAUCCAGGUCAAGGACGAGGAGGGUGAGAGUGGUGCUGAGGAGGGGCCCAACUCGGAGGAGCCCAGUGCUGGUUACAAAAAGCUAUUCUCAGAUGCCCAACAGCUGCAGCCACUGCAGGUGUACCAGGCACCCCUCAGCCUGGCCACUGUGCCUCACCAGGCCCUGGGCCGCACGCAGUCCUCCCCUGCUGCCCCUGGGGGCAUGAAGAGCCCUCCAGACCAGCCUGUGAAACACCUGUUCACCACAGGUGUGGUCUACGACACGUUCAUGCUAAAGCACCAGUGCAUGUGCGGAAACACACAUGUGCACCCUGAACAUGCUGGCCGGAUCCAGAGCAUCUGGUCCCGGCUGCAGGAGACAGGCCUGCUUAGCAAGUGCGAGCGGAUCCGGGGUCGCAAAGCCACGUUAGAGGAGAUCCAGGCAGUGCACUCUGAAUACCACACCCUGCUCUAUGGGACCAGCCCCCUCAACCGGCAGAAGCUGGACAGCAAGAAGUUGCUUGGCCCCAUCAGCCAGAAGAUGUAUGCCGUGCUGCCUUGUGGGGGCAUCGGGGUGGACAGCGACACUGUGUGGAAUGAGAUGCACUCCUCCAGUGCUGUGCGCAUGGCGGUGGGCUGCCUGCUGGAGCUGGCCUUCAAGGUGGCUGCGGGAGAGCUUAAGAAUGGAUUUGCCAUCAUCCGGCCCCCAGGACACCACGCCGAGGAGUCCACAGCCAUGGGAUUCUGCUUUUUCAACUCCGUAGCCAUCACAGCAAAACUCCUACAACAGAAGUUGAACGUGGGCAAGGUUCUCAUCGUGGACUGGGACAUUCACCACGGCAAUGGCACCCAGCAGGCAUUCUACAACGACCCCUCUGUGCUCUACAUCUCUCUGCAUCGCUAUGACAACGGGAACUUCUUUCCAGGCUCUGGGGCUCCUGAAGAGGUUGGUGGAGGGCCAGGCGUGGGGUACAAUGUGAAUGUGGCAUGGACAGGAGGUGUGGACCCCCCCAUUGGAGACGUGGAGUACCUUACAGCCUUCAGGACAGUGGUGAUGCCCAUUGCCCACGAGUUCUCACCUGACGUGGUCCUAGUCUCUGCCGGGUUUGAUGCUGUUGAAGGACAUCUGUCACCACUGGGUGGCUACUCUGUCACUGCCAGAUGUUUUGGCCACUUGACCAGGCAGCUGAUGACCCUGGCAGAGGGCCGGGUGGUGCUGGCCCUGGAGGGAGGCCAUGACUUGACCGCCAUCUGUGAUGCCUCUGAGGCUUGUGUCUCGGCUCUGCUCAGUGUAGAGCUGCAGCCCUUGGAUGAGGCAGUCUUGCAGCAAAAGCCCAAUAUCAAUGCAGUGGCCACACUAGAGAAAGUCAUCGAGAUCCAGAGCAAACACUGGAGCUGUGUGCAGAAGUUCGCCGCUGGUCUGGGCCGUUCCCUGCGGGAGGCCCAGGCAGGUGAGACCGAGGAGGCUGAGACUGUGAGCGCCAUGGCCUUGCUGUCAGUGGGGGCUGAGCAGGUCCAGGCUGCGGCAGCCCGGGAGCACAGCCCCAGGCCGGCAGAGGAGCCCAUGGAGCAGGAGCCUGCCCUGUGACACCCCAGCCCCCAUCCCUCUGGGCUUCACCAUUGUGAUUUUGUUUAUUUUUUCUAUUAAAAACAAAAAGUCACACAUUCAACAA